AGUGCCUGAAUUUACAUACACAAGCUUUUGGGGUUUAGCUUGCAAUUCACGACAGAAAUCCGGGGUAGAGGACAGGCGCCUGUGGUGUCGGUCACCGCCGGCGUCUACGAUGCGCACCGACUCUACUCGCUGCCUUUCGGCUCAUCCAAGACGACGCCACGAAGCUGCUCCCUCUGUUCUUUGCUCCACACUGCGACAGUUACCGACAUGUCCCACCCUUGCCGCCUUUCCUCUACGGUUGUUGACAAUGGCUACCUGGGCAAUGUCGGCAACAUACUCGAAGGCCGGAGAACUUCGCUUUGCUGCCGGUCAUUACCUGCCUCGUUCGCGAAUCGUAAAUGAAAUAGCCCGUGGCCGAGAAGAUCUACUGCCGUCAUUGCUGCCCCCCGCGUAGUAUGGGAACCCCACGCGCCACUGGCAAGCAACGUGCAACUCAGGGUGUUUGGUGUUGAAAUGUUCGGACCAUAGCUGCUCGUCUGUGACGAAAAGCCUUAUACGGCCUUACAAAGGUAUGUUCUGUCUUUAAAUGGUAAGUUUGUAGCCGACCCUGCGCCUGUUCAAGUAUAUAAACGCGCUUUGUGAGCUGGCGUCGCUGGAUUCCACCCACCCACCUUUCCGCUCCUUCGUCAUCAUGGCUUCUUCUGCCGUCGUUACGACCUUUAACCCCACCCGCGCGUGGUGGAAGUCAGCCUGCAUCUACCAGAUUUACCCCAUCUCGUUCUUUGACUCUAACGGUGAUGGCAUUGGCGACCUCCCCGGUAUCCUUGCCAAGCUCGACUACCUCAAGGAUCUUGGCGUCGACGUCCUCUGGCUCUGUCCCAUCUACAAGAGUCCACUGGCGGACAUGGGCUAUGAUAUCGCGGACUAUGAGAGCAUCGACCCACGCUUCGGGACGCUGGAGGAUUGGGACAGGUUGCUCGAGGGUGUGCACAAACGUGGGAUGAAGCUCCUCAUGGACCUCGUCGUCAACCACACCUCCGACCAGCAUGCCUGGUUCAAGGACCCCAAACGCGACUGGUACAUCUGGCGUUCUCCGCGCUACGAUGCCGACGGCAACCGCAUGCCGCCCAACAACUGGGAGUCCAUCUUCUCGGGCCCGGCGUGGGAGUGGGAUGAGGAGACCGGCGAGUACUACCUGCACCUUUUCGUCAAAGAGCAGCCGGACCUCAACUGGGAGAACCCCGACGUACGCGCGGCCGUCUUCAAGACGAUGCGCUUCUGGCUCGACCGGGGCUGUGAUGGCUUCCGCAUGGAUGUCAUCAACAUGAUUUCCAAGGUGCCGGGCCUGCCGGACGCUCCCGUCCUAGAUUCGACGAAGGAGUUCCAGGGCGCGAGCUUGUACUACGCUAAUGGUCCCCGUGUCCACGAGUUCCUCAAGGAGAUGAAUGAGAAGGUGCUCUCGCGCUACGACGUGAUGACUGUUGGAGAGACGCCGUGCACCCAUCUUCCUGAGGAUAUCGCCGCCUACGUCUUCCCCCAGAACAAGGAGCUUAACAUGGUUUUCCAGUUCGAGCUCAUGGAUCUCGAUCUCGGUGGCGCGGAGGACAACCUCGAGUCUCUCACCGCUCUCAUGCACCGUCAGUGGAAGCUCACGGACAUGAAGAAGUGUGUCAGCAAGUGGCAGACGUACAUGCGCGAGCACGGCUACUGGAACACGCUGUAUAUCGAGAACCACGACCAAGCCCGCUCUGUCUCGCGCUUCGGCAACGACACGCCGCGCUGGCGAGCGCUCUCCGCGAAGGUGCUUGCAAUGCUGCAGACGACGCAGACCGGCACGCUCUACGUGUACCAGGGCGAGGAGAUCGGCAUGAAGAACUUCCCGCGAAGCUGGAGCCUCGAGGAGUACAAGGACGUCGCGACGAUUAACUAUUACAAGCAGGAGCGCACCCGCCGGCAGAAGGAGACGGGCAAGGAAAACCCGAACAUGGAGGACAUCAUCGAUGGCUUCCAGCGCAAGGCGCGCGAUCACGCGCGCACGCCGCUGCAGUGGAACGCCGCGUCGCAUGCGGGCUUCUCGACGGGCACGCCGUGGAUGCGCGUCAACGACGACUAUGCCGAGGGGUGGAACGUCGAGGCGGAGAUGAAGGACCCCGGCAGCGUCUGGCACUUCUGGAAGCGCGCCCUGAAGCUGCGCAGGCAGCACGAGGUCUUCGUCUACGGUGACUUCGUGCUGCUCCUGCCCGACCACGAGCAGGUUUUCGCGUUCGAGCGCACGCUCCGCGGCGAGAAGGCGCUUGUCGUGCUCAACUUCAGCGAGCGCGACGUCUCGGUCGACCUCGGCACGUCUGCAGGGGUCGCGCCCAAGAUGCGGGUCGCCCUGUCGAACUAUGACGACGUGCUGUCCCAGCCGUUGGGCGGAACUGCCGUAACACUGCGGGGUUACGAGGGUAGGGUGUACGUCUAGAAUGGUACCCUGAGAGCGAAGGGUU